GUCCACUUGUGAAUCACAAACUUGAUAGACACCAAUCUGGUAUCUGACUGACAUAAUCUAUAAAAAAGAAGAAAAAGUGGUGUUAUGUGCUAUUUGUUUACCAUAUUUUGCCUCUCAUAAUACUUUUUAAAUAAUUGGCUCUAAGUAAUUAAAUCGAGAUGGACGAGGAAGAAAUUAUUAAUGGUUUGAAAAAGCAUUUCAAAUUCGAUAAAUUCAAGUCUAAUCUCCAGAAAAAAGCCGUGAUAGAAAUUUGCCAAAGAAAACGUGAUGUGUUUGUAUCGAUGCCUACUGGAUCUGGAAAAUCUUUAUGUUACCAAUUACCGGCAGUUUUAUAUAAUAAAAAAAUUACAAUUGUAUUUUCACCGCUUUUAGCGCUUAUUAAAGAUCAAAUUGAUCAUCUUACUAAUUUAAAAAUAAGAGCAGCUACAAUUAACUCUAAAGUAUCGUCUUCCCAAAGGGCUGCUAUAAUAGCUGAUCUGAAAUCAACUUCUCCCAAUAUUAGGAUAUUAUAUGUCACACCCGAACAAGCAGCAACUGCUACAUUUAAAGCUUUAUAUGAAAACCUGCAUAGGUUUAAUAAAUUGGCCUAUCUAGUCGUGGAUGAAGCACAUUGUGUGAGUGAAUGGGGGCAUGAUUUUAGGCCCCAAUAUCAAAAAUUGGGAAAUUUGAGAGAAAACGUUGAUAUUCCUUGCAUUGCACUAACAGCAACUGCAAAUGCUGAGGUUAUAAAGGACAUCAUAUCAAGUCUGAAAUUAGGUAGCAAUUAUAAAACUUUCAGGACAUCUUGCUUUAGAGACAACUUGUUUUAUGAUGUAUUUUUUCCAAAUAUAUUAGAUGAUCCUUACAAACACUUGAAGAGUUUUAUUUUGGAAUGCCUCGAUUUAGAAAAAGAAAAAUGCUAUCCCAAGGAGGACAAAUCCUGUGGAAUAAUUUAUUGUAGGACUAGGGAACAAACAGAGAUGUUGAUGGAAAAAUUGAAUAAAAUGGGGAUAAAAAGCUUGUGCUAUCAUGCGGGAUUGAAGACCGAUGAAAGAAAAGUUUUUCAGGAAAAGUGGCAAAAUGGAGAUGUACCUGUUAUUUGUGCUACUAUUAGCUUUGGUAUGGGUGUAGAUAAAGCUUCAGUUAGAUUUGUAAUUCACUGGGGAACUCCGAAGGAACCAGCUUCAUUUUAUCAAGAAUCUGGUAGGGCUGGCCGGGAUGGUAAACUAUCCAGAUGUAGAGUUUAUUAUCAAAGAUCGGAUAGUAAAGCUAUCGAAUUCCAUCUAGCUCAAGAUUUAGGAAAAGCUGGAGACAAAGAAAACAAAAAGAAAAGAUUAGAACAAGCUAUACAAGGGUUUAAAAGAAUUCUUGAAUUUUGUGAAAAUCCCUCGGAUUGUCGACAUAAACUAUUUACUGAUCAUUUUGGAGAACCACCUCCGGAAUGUAACAACCGAUGUGAUUAUUGUGUGGACAAAAAGAAAGUGCAACAGAUGGUCGAAAAUUUUCUUACUAAAAGUAUACAAUAUGAUUCUAGACCAACGACAUAUUCUGAAACUGAUUAUGAUGAUCUAUACGGAGAGGGACGUUUGGGACUUUCUAGAGAACAACGAGAUUAUAAUAAUGACAGUAAUAGUAAUGAUGAUUAUUCUUUUGAGAGAGAACAACAGGCAAAGAAAGCAGCUAACGAUUUUAUUAAAAAACAAUUUGCAUUAAGAAAAAACAGUCAGGAAGUGUCUCAAGAAACGGUCGACAAACUAUUUUCGGCACAUUCUCGAGUGAAAGCUGCUUCGUCAACCACGAAUAAAGUUAAAGGCUUAACAUUAGUUACUAGAGAACAAUACGUUUCGAAAUUAUUAGACGUUCUGUAUGAAAAUUAUACCAAAUGUCAAGAAGAUCCUACUUUAGACAAAAAAGAUGUAGAAGAUUGUAGCAUCGAUAUUGAAUAUGAAAGUUUUACCAGUAAUACUAAUAUGACAAUGUACAGGAACUCUUUGGCUAAAAAGAUUUCUAAUAUCAAAAAGCUCACAGAAGAUGGAAUUGUGUAUGAAAAACUCUUGACUUUUGAGCCGAAACCAUCCAAAUAUGAGACAUUAUCUGAUUUAUUUAGAAACAUCAAGAAAGAACAACAGUUAAAAAAAUUGGAAAGUAGAGAAGAAAACGUUUUAUCUGAAUUUAAAACGGCGAGGCAAGUACACGAGAGUUAUAAAGAUAAAUUUAGUAAUCCCCAGACAAAAAUAAGUGGUUUCUUCAGAAAAGCUUCUGAACUUUUGGAAGGUAGUCAGGUUAGAAGUGAUCAAUCUAGUUCAAAAUCAUCAGAUAUGAGUGCCAAAAGGGACUUUAAAUCACUUUUCGGGGAUGAAUCGGAUGACGAACAAAAUGAUAAAAGGAGUACAGAUUCAGUAGAAAAACAAGAUGAUAAACAUGAGAAACAUCAAAAAGAAAAACACAGACACAGAAGCAGUAGUGAUAAGAAAGAACACCAACAUAAAAAAAGGAGCCACAGUAGUGAUAGAAGAGAUGACAGAAAAAGAAUGAAAGAGGAUGCUUCAAAUGAAAACGGCAAGAAGGAAUCGGAAUCGGGUCAUAGACACAAAUAUAAAUAUGAAGAAAAAAGCAAUGGUAGUGAUGAAAUGAAGGACACAGAAACUUCUCUGCAAGUCUGUCAAGAAGAGAAAAAAGACUUGAAACCUGAAAGAUCAAAAACACCAGUGGAAGAUUGGGAGGAAGAAGAAAAUAAUGAAAAGUUAGUGAGUAAGGGCAUAGAGACACAGAAGAAAGAGGAGAGUUAUCAACAAAAAAUAAAUAGUGUGCAAGGAAAAGUAGAAAAUUACAAUGAGGAAAAUCAAAAAGAAAAGUCGGACUUAAUAGAUAUCAAAAACAAAGACAAAACUGAAGAACUGUUUCAGCGUGAUGAAGAUUGCAACAACAGUCUCUCCAAAAAUGACAGGUUCAAUGAUGUAACUCAAAGAAAUAAAACAAAAGAAGUCAAUAAACCUCAUAAUAUAUCAGACAAGAGGAAGAAAAACAGAUUAAAGAAAGUGGAAGUCGGUGGUUUGGUAGUUAAGUUACUUACACCUGCCUACACGGAACGGAGGUUUGAAUCAAGAGACAUUUUUAAGACUUUGGCUAGGAAUAUAUCGCAUGCCUUAGCAGAUAAAGAUGAACACGAAAUUAAGGAAUAUGUUAAAAGAUUUUUAGAAAAAAAUGAAGAAAUAACUGCGAGGACAACUUUAUAACCACAAUGUUUCUGAAAUGUUUUCAAAAAUGUUUACUUAUAGUUAAAAUAAGUAAUAGGCUUAUAAUACAAAAUUUAAUGCUUUUUUCAAACCGUUAGUUUAAUUAUUGUGCUCAGAUUCAAAGUUUGAUCGAUUCAAACAGUUAUUUUACACUCUGGGAGUGUGGUAAAGUAAUGGUGAAAGGUAUACAUAUGCCGCCAUACAAAAGUUUUGAAACGCCAAGGUAAAUUAAGAAAUUAGAAAAUUUUUCAAAUAAAUUUUAUUUAUUUUGCUCGAUUUUACUGGUGCUUAGGUUAUGAACUUAAUAUAAUUAUAAAAAAAUUCAAUAUAUGGAGUGAUUGGUGCUUGAAAAAUCUUUGAAUUAUUUUUGGUCAACAAAUUCAAAUCAAAAUAUAUUUAGUAUCCCUGCAAAUCUUUUGUAGUAGGCACGUAGUUCUCUAUUUUUUAGAGUGGUGGUAUAAACAGAGGUCCUGUGAGUUUUAUGUGUAUCUACCGUUUGUAGUUUUGAUAUUUAAUUUUUCAUAGACGUUAUUUAACCCUUAACUGUUUUAUUAUCUAUAUUAUCUAUAAGAAUGUAACUAGUAUCGUCGAGUUAUUUUUAAUUCCAGAAUUGCAAGUAACUUUUUGGUCAUCAAACGUCACCCAAUUCUUAAGCAAUCUAUAUUCUAUGUGCCAUGUGCCAUAUUCAUGAAAAAUUUAAAUUUCUAAAAAAUACUCAUUCUUUCAAUAUUGCAUAAUUAACGAGAAACAUUUUAUGAAAACUUCAAAUUCGGCUGUUACAUUAAAAUAUAAAAAUGAUGAGUCUUUAUUGUUUCCAUAAAUUUUAGAUGUCAUGUAGAAUUGAACUGAAUUCACUGAGUAAGCUAUUUUCCAAUAAAGUUCAUUAAGAUUUGAGCACAGAAUUUCGUUCAUUAUCAUUGUUUCACUUCUCCUUAUCUUCAUCCAUGCUGUUUUGUUAUCUUCGUUAGAAAACAACCUACCAUUGAGUUUUUCGACUAUUUCUGUUUGUUUUAUAGGGUUUGACCUAUACCAAGAUUUUUAGGGAAAUCUAACUUAGAAAACACCAUGCUGCCAUUUAAACUCUAUUAAAUAUGGGUCCACUACCUGCGCUGGUGAACCCCGAGUGCCCCCGACACUCGACCAUUUUUGGUCCUUCUGUGUACCUGCUUUUUAUUACUGUUGUAGUGAAAAACAAUUUUUUUAUUAACAAUUUCAAAUUAUUACAACAGUAAAUAAGAAAUACUGAUUAAAAAACAAGGAAAUACGUUUUUGGGUGACGAAAAUCUGAGCACUUUGAGAAUAUUACUAGGCAUAAUUUGAUUAUUUUAAUUUUCUGUUAAAUUUAUGAUGAUUUUUCGUGCAAUAAUGCUUUUUUAAUCAUCAAUAACUACGCAGAAACAAUAGGGCAUAGAUAAAUAAUUUCACAAGAAAUACAAUAUCAUGAAUAAACUAUUUAAAAAAAAACCGCUAAUCAGUAACAAUUACAACUAUUUUUAACUUUGUUCAACAAAUUACAUUAUUACAAUUUCAGUACAAUAAUGUCAAAUGCUCAAAGUGCUGCCCUUGAGCAGCUAAAUAAUAACUUAACCUAUUGUAAAAAGUAUUCAUAACAUUUAUUUCGACUCUUCUAAAUUUGCAAAAGAUUUCCCUGUGUACAAACUGUUUUAAUGACGGGAAAAGAAAAUAGUCACAAGGGGCAAGAACAGGUGAAGCCAUCUCUUGAUUGCAAAGCCCAAUACAGCGAUUCAGGAACUCCCGAUUCAACAAGGCUGUUACCGCCACGGUGUUAUGAGCCGGGCAGCUGUCUUGUUGAAACAAAGUAGAAAUCUGAAAACAAUUUUAAACAGAUAUAUAAUGUGCUGUUAAAUUUUCUUCCAAGUGAAAAAUGUUACUUUUUUUUAUUUAAUUGACUUACCCCAAUGCGACUUUCUAUUUGUCGAUUAGAGUAGUUGAAAAUACGUUUCACCAAUCAAAUUUUCUUCGAUGAUGAAUGGUCCGAUGACGUUAGCCCUCAUGAUUCCUUUCCAAACGUUGAUUUUUUUUGGUAUUGUCGAUUCACAUCAAGUGCUUUUUUUGGAGGCUGUAUCGACCAGUAGUCUACGAUUGGGAUCUUGGUAAAUGACAAAUGUCGAUUCGUAGCUGAAGCAGAUGUGCAGAUUAUCAUGAUCGUCGUUGAUCUUGUCCAUAGCAUCUUAGCAGAAGUCCAUUUGGCGAACAUUAUCAUCUCUGAUUUGCUGGUUUUUUAUAUCAGUAUUCAAUAUUUACUGUUGUAAUAAUUUAAUAUAGAGUUUAAAUGGCAGCACGAUAUUUCCUAAGUUGAGUUUCCUCAAAAUUUUACGAAUAUAUAUUCGUUUGGCUAUGAAAUAGUUAUUAUCGGCUCCUAUAUUUGCAGAGGUUAAUACUCUUUGGAGUGGUGAAUGUUUUUAUUGAUACUGACACUGAUAAUUUGCCUACAUUUAAAGUAUGUUCUUACUAUUUUCCAUUAUAAAUAGAAGUAUCACAAUUUUUUUAUCUCAUGUCUACUUCAUGUCUAAAGUAUUUUUUCAAACCAUACAGUUCUCAAUUUUUGUAAAACAUAUUUGUUUUAAUUGUUGAACUUGAACGUUAAUGAGAUGCAGAUAGUAUUUUGGAUAACCGGUGGUAGGUGUGUUCGUAUAAUUUUUUGGCAUACGGGGUAGUGACGGUUUACAAGAUUAGAACGAUCUAGAAACAAUAAGUAAAAGAGAAGAAGAAAUCGAGAAUUACCGAAAUGCCGUAAUAUCAUGUAUAAGAAAAACAAAGGCAAGUGAACGACAACCAAAAAAGUGAAGAAUGUUAUAUUUCAAGACAAUUUUAUGGCAAAUUUUAGCAAGUUCACAGCAAAUAUAAUUUAUAGAUUUUGAUAUAAUAAAAAUUUGAUUUUUGGUAGAAAAAAGUGUUGUAAAACUUUUUGUAAUAUUUUGUCAUACAUAUGACAAUUUUCUAUUUUCUUCAAAGAACAGAUGCGUUUCUAAACUUUUUUACGGUAUGGUUGUGGAUACAUUAUAAUAAUUUUAUAUAUUAUUACAUUAUAUAUGCACACUUUAUGUACCGGGUGACCAAAUAAGUGAAGCAAGUGUUUAACUUGACAAAUAUACGUGGAACCGAUCAUUUACGACCUUUUAGUAAAAAUUAUUGUUAUGAAAAUGGCCAAGAAAAACGUUCAAAAAUUAUUUUCAAGUUUGUAAAAUUAACCUAAUUAGGGUAUAUACAAAUAAAUGAGGGGUUACAAUUCCAUUCAGCAACGAUGUAUAUCUUAUUUCCUUCAUUCGGAAGAAAUUUAAAAAAAUAAAACGGAUAAGACGAAUGUUGACUUGAUUGCUUGCAUAUGGCAAGUUAUAGAAUGAUAAAAUGCACUACAAUAUGAAGAUCAAAUGAAACAAAUUCUUUUAUAGGAAUCUUUUUUUCCAAAAAGUCGUUCUCGAAAUAUUGUCUUGUUAUUAUUACUUAAGGGGGUAUUCUGGUCUAGAAGCCUAAUCAGAGACAGUUUUAAUAAAACGAAAUAAAUUCUUUUAUACAAAUCUUUUUUUUCAAAAAGAGAUUCUCGAGGUAUUCUGGUUUAGAAGCCUAAAUUUUAGGCAUUUUUUAAACUAAUGUAAAAAAAUGAAAAAUAUUUUUACUAUCUAUUUUUUAUAUUUAUUGACUUUUUGAGAACAUAAAAGAUUGUAAAAAAAUCAGAACUUCAAUGAAUUAUGGGCUGGUAAAGUGGGGAUUACAAAAAAAUGGUGUACCCUGGUUGACAUGAUUCCAACCCUUGUAGUGAUCUAAUUUGAAAAAUUAGACUUAACCAAAAAAAUCAUAAAAUGGCGUUGACAUGAAAUAUAAAUUUUUUUGCCCCCUUUUAAUGAUCGAUUUUUGGCAAAUUUCUAGACUACAAUACACCCUUAAAGAGUUGGAGAAAAAGGUGCUAAGCCAAAGAUUCUUAUAUAUAUUUUGCAACGCCCCCCUAGCAGAUAAUUUACAAAUUUGAAAAUACAAGAAGAUGGCCGCUUUCUCGUUUAUUUGACGCCCUGCACAUAAAUUUUGCGUGCGAUUUGACAAAUACCGUAUAUAUUUCAAAAUGAUGUAAUGAAUUAACUAUAUAUAAUCAGCCAAUAGUAUUUAUUUAUGAAAAUCGAUCUUUGUUUUCCUCAAUUUUCCUAAUUCUUUUUUAUUAUUCAUUUUUUGAAAAUUUUUUUUUUUUGGUUUUAUUUUAGAAUGUUCUUUAUACAGUGAUUCCUUCUUUUAAAUUCAUCAAUUUUAUUUUUAUUUACAUGAUAUACAUCAGGGUUAGUCAAGAACAUUAUAAUAUAUUUUUAUUUAGAUCACAUGCGCAUACCAAUAUAAUCAGGAUAAGUAAUUUCAGUUAUUUUACAGGGUAUAGAUGUUGUUUGGGAAAUUUCGAUGUUACCUUCUCUAUUUUAUUUAUUUUUACUGUUCAAAUUUCCAGGUAUUAAUGUAUCAGAGGGGAAUAACAAUAUUUCGGAUAAUAAUGAAUUGAGUGUUCUCUAAAAUUGUAAUACAAUUAUAUACAGGUAUGAGAAUUUUUUUUUGUACUUUGUAAUGGUGUUUGCAGCUUCUCUGUUUUUCUUAAUACUAAGUUUAGUGAGUCUGACUUACGUAUUACGGUGUAACAACAUCAAUUAUUUAAUACAAAAUUACGAAUAAUUGUACAUUUAUUUACAAUAAUUAUUCAAAUUCAAAACCUUUCUUUGGACGUAUACCUAGAAGAUAUUUUGUACAAGACUCAAUAUCAUAUUAUUCUGCUUCCAAAAUACAUAGACUUCUCCCAAAGGAGGCUAUUUUUUUGGCGUUUUGUUUCCCACAUCCUUAGCUUGUAGUGCUACUCCUUCAAGGUACUUAAGCCUUUUAGCGAAUGGGCGUGACAUUCUCACAGUAGAUGCUCUGAUGAUAAUUCACUGAUUCAAGCAAAAUUCCAACAACCUAAGAAUGAACAAUUCGAAAAGAUGGCAGUUUAUUUCUGUUGUGUAAUAAAACAUCUUUUAAGCUUUUUGUAGAGCUGUGAAUGAAUAAACGCUAGGACCACAAAGUAUGCCAAUUUCUUCGAACAUACCUUUUAUGCUGUUACAAAAACAAAGUCCAUAUUCUCUUGUAAGAAACGUUGUGAACGUUUUAGGCCUAGUUCACUGAUCUGCGAUAUCAUCAGCAACUAAAUUCCACUGUUUUAAACAAGAAGCCAAAAGCUCUGCUUUAUUUUUUGGCAAAUUCAUAUUUGUUAUCAAGUCGUUAAAAUCUUCUGCAGUUAUAAGAUGGUGUUUUUGUGGUUCUGGUGUAAGUAAAAAUUCUUUAUCAGAAUUUCUUCUGUUAGAACUGCGAGAGCUACUUUUUUGAGAUAAUUUUUUCGGUGGCUCAGAUACUGGUCGGGUCAGGUCAUGUACAGUUGGAAGAGAAGAAGAUUCAAGAUCGGGAUGUUCAAUAGGUUUUACAUUUUACUCGGAUUUACAAUGCUAAAGUAGCAUUCAUGGAUGUGGUGUUUCGGUUCUCGCUAGAUUCUUGGUAUUGCAUAUUUCAUAGACCUUUUCUCUUUUGUUCAUAUUUUAUCUCUCGAAAUUUAAUAAAUUGACCACAUAUAAAACAAAAGGCAUCAGCAUCAUAUUCACACCUUCGCAAUGAUAUUUCAACAUUUCCUAGAAAUGUAAAAAACAUCUGAUCAUUGUUUAUCACUCGAGCGCCAUCUGAAGGUGCGGCGUAAAUGUAAAAAACCUUCUCUGAUAUCGCAGUAUUUUUAAAUGUAUUAUAACUAAUUGAAAUUUAUUAAAAAACUUGAAAACUUAUAUCGAACCGUAACGGUGUGGUUGGUAGUUGAAGUGCUUGAUUUCCAACUCGGAGAUUAGAGGUUCGAACUCUCUGUAGAACGAAAUUUUCCAUUUGCUCUUUAUCCAAAGGUGACUUACAAGAAAACCCACAUACAAGUGGAGCUAAUAUAAGCGUCUUAAAAUAGACAACCAAAGAUACAUAACACAGGCCCAACACCAGCACAGAGCCGUCACAGGUCACUUUCCCCAACUAACAAUUGGAUUCGAUAACCGUAAUCUGUAAGUCGUAUCAUAUAAUAUUAACAGAAGCUAAACGUUUCGCGAGGAAUAGUUAUUACAUUAAACGGUGAUAUUAACAAAUUUAAUUCGUUUCGUUUCCCUAUCGUCCCUAUGGUCUUAGCACUAUGAUGCUCCACCUCGUAAUGUUGCUAGGGUUAGACAAUACCUUAAAAUUGUAUUUCCGACGGGUGGGUCGAAGUGGUUUUAUUGAUUGGCCAGCAAGGUCACCGGACUUAUCACCACCUUAUUUUUUCUAUGGGAAUAUUUGAGGCCUAUAGUUUAUAAGAAUUUAUCUCAAACUUUUUAACGUAUGAAAUGAUUCAAAGUUUUCUAAGGUCAUUUGUUGAUAGAUUGGGAUACUGUCAGACAGCCAAAGGUUUUGAAUUUUAACAUUUAUUGUAAUUAAAUAUGGAAUUUAUGUUAAUUUUGUAUUGAAAUGUUUUUCUCAUUUAUUUACACUCUUUCUAUUCGUGGGGUGAAUUUAUAAACACUGUCUCGCUCAUUUAAUUUAUUUAAACACUUUACACUACACUUAUAUUAUAAUCAACAAAUCACUAAUACAUUACUUAUAUAAUUUAUCAAAUUCUUCGGUUACUUUUCUAUUUUGUUUCCUUCACUAUGACCAUUUAUUAUAAACUAACUGCGCUAAAUAAACUCGUUUAUAUAUUCAAAACGAACUUCUCAAAACUUCUAGAAAAUAAAGAAACAAAACAACUAAAUAAAUAGACCGAAAAGGGCCGGCUUUAUGUCGGAAACGAGUACAUAAUAGUAUUAAAUAAAUAUUUUACCUAAGUUACAAUUAAAACAAUUAGAGCCUUUUAUAACUUUAACGAGAUCAUGGGGCUCCAACUCAUAAUGCUAAUAGGGUUAGACAAUACCUAAAAAUUGUAUUUCUGAUGGGUUGGCCGAAAAACUUAUAUUAAGUGGUCAGCAAUCUCACGGGAUUUAUUUACUGUAUUUUUUGUAUGGGACUAUUUGAGGUCUAUAGUUUAUAAGGAUUUACCUUGAACUCUUCAAGAACUAAAAGGUCGAAGGCAGCCGAAGGUUUUCAAUUUAAAAAAUUGUAAAUAAAUGUUCAAAUAUUUUUAAUUUUACAUCAAAUAAAUAUUUUUUGAUGUUGUUAAACAGCAAUCCGCAAGUCAGAGACACACUAAAUUCAGCAAUAUCACAUUUAAUCAAACAAAAAUUCUAAAUACGAUGCAUUUAAAAUAUUAUACCAUAAUGUCGUUUCUCAAAAAAUUUGACAUAAACAGAAAAUCUGCAAACGGCGUAUACAAAAUCUACAAAAAAUUCGGUGUUUCGUUUGUUUUAUCCUGUAUAUACUGAACACACUUUUUACAGUACCACUAAACUAACAUUCACAAUUACACUGUCUGACGCGCAUUUCGAUAACCAAGUUAUCGACUUCAGAGACUGAAGCUAAACUAAAACCUAAUAACUUGACUUACUGUUUUACACUGAAUUUUCCCACCAAUACAACUUUUCCCGCUAAAAUUGAUUCCAGCGGAAAAACCUCAACAUUAUUAGAUCUCAGUAAGUCCUCAAGGUACUCCAAGGUCUGCGGGAUCGGCACGCUGGGAAAUAAUGAACUUACAUCAAAGGAGAUUGAAAUUUCCCCAUCUUUAAUUUCUGUAGUUUUUACUUUGUUGAUAAUUCUAACGAAUUCCUCACUGGAAAACUAUCAGGUUUGAUGGGUAGGUUUUCAAAGGUGUACAAAUUGUUGUUUUAUUUCCUUCCUAGUUUUUCCCGCUGGAAUUAAUUUUCGCGGGAGAAGUUGUGUGAUAAUUCAGUAUAAAACAGGUAAGUCAAGUUAAUGGGUUAUAGUUUACCUUCAGUCUCUGGUAACUUGGUUAUUGAAAUGCGCGUCAGACAGUGUAAUUUAAAUAUUGGUGUAGUGGUCGUGUUGAGUAUGAAUAUCACCGACGGUUCCAGAAAUUCCAACUUAGUUAUCCUGUAUACUCUAUGUCAAAAUUGAAAUUAUUGGUAUCUGGUAUAGUAAAAUUUUUGUUUAUUUGACGAAUUUUCUAAUUUAUGCCAUGUAGCUAGUUCAAUUCUCUUUAUUCACGUUUUUUCUUUGUAUGAUCUCUCCAAUUAAGUAGCUUAUAGAUGAAUUCCUAAGUAUUUCUAUUGAGAAGUAUAUAUAGGCUUAUAUGCAGACCAUUUAAGUCCAUAUUCUUGUAAUUUCUCUACACUUUUUUCGGUCCCUUGCUUUUUCUCUCCAGCUCUGGUUGUUUCUCUAUAUAAGGUCCUCGUCCACCACUUCCCUCCACCGUUUUUUUGGUCUACCUCUUUUCUUCUUGUCCUCUGGUAUCUUCCAUGCGACUCAUUUCAAGAGACUGUCUUCGUCCAUUCGUUCUUAGUGAACUAGCUAUUGUAAUCUUUUUGUCUUUAAAAAUGCACUGAUUGGUGCCUCAUUGAAAAGUAUAUAAAUUUCAUGAUUUGAUUUUUUCUUUGAUCUUGAGAAACUGGUAGGUUAGAACUGUUGAUUGAAUUUAGUGACAUCUCCACUGCACUGGUUAGAGAUAUAACUUAACUGUGAGGUUUGGUAUAUUCAUUUUAUUGUAAAAGGGAGGUAGAGUCACAUAUGUUAUCCUCAAGGCCUGAUUUAUAUUAGGAAAAUAGUCGAGGAAUAUUUUUAUCUGUAAAUAUUUCAUGUGUCUUAAAGCAAUCUUGAAGUUGUUUUAUAGUCUAUUAUUUUUUCUCGGAUUGUUUUAUGAAAUUUCACGAACAUUCUUUACUUUUGAUGUUUACCCAAACAACAAAAUGCUGUUCAUUUUUUUAUUCUAAUAAAUUCUAUCGGUUUAAUGUACAUAAUUUAUUUGUAAUAAAAUUGUUGGACAAAAAUAUA